UAAAGCAGAGCCAUUGUGGUGUUGCAGCAGCCGCAGAGCACUCUGAGCACAAUCACUCUCAGAUCUCAUCUUCCUCAGAACCAUGUCGAUUUCAGAGAUUUCUUGCACUUACGCCGCUUUGAUCCUCCACGACGAUGCCAUUCCCAUCACUGCUGAGAAGAUUGCCACUUUGGUCAAAGCUGCCAAUGUUUCUGUGGAGUCAUACUGGCCUGGUUUGUUUGCCAAGCUUGCCGAGAAGAGAGACAUCGAUGACCUCAUCUUGAAUGUUGGUGCUGGAGGCGGUGGCGGUGCUGUUGUCGUUGCCGUUACUGCCCCAGGUGCAGGCGCCGCCGCCCCUGCUGCAGCUACUCCUCUAGUGGAAGAGAAGGAGGAGCCAAAGGAAGAGAGUGAUGAUGAUAUGGGAUUCAGCUUGUUCGACUAGGAGCUCCUUUCAGAAUUAUAAGCAGUUAUUUUAUGUUUCAGAACUUGUAGUACUUUUGAGACGAUUUUACUUUAUUUAAUCUAGUAGGGUUUCUCCCUUUUAGUU